AACCGAUCCGCUUGCGCACACCAUUUCCUCGCAUCGAUUUGGGUCUCCGGCGGAGGCGGCGAAAGCAUUAGGGUUCCCGAUGGCUCUCUCAGGGCGUCUCAGAUCUGCUCUCCCCUUCUUCAGAAAGAUCGUUGCGGUCGAAUCGCCGGCCCUCUGCGUUCGAUCGGCUGCCGAUCUGACCUUUGGGUUGAAGACCUUUGCAACCCAAGCAAAACCAACUACAAAUGUUAAGGUGCCUUUAUCACUAUUUGGAGGUUCAGGAAAUUAUGCAUCUGCUCUAUUUCUUGCUGCCUCCAAGGCAAAUACAUUGGACAAAGUUGAAUCUGAGAUUCUUGACUUGGUAGAGGCUUCCAAAAGGAGUCCUUUGUUUUCACAGUUCAUCGAGGAUUUAUCAGUGCCUAGGGAAACACGUGUGAAUGCUGUGCAACAAAUUUUUUCUGAUGUUGGCUUUUCUGAUGUCACUAAGAAUUUUUUGGCUGUCUUGGCUGAUAAUGGAAGACUCAGCUAUAUUGAAUCCAUUGCUAAGAGGUUUGUUGAGUUGACUAUGGCGCAGAGGGGAGAGGUGAAAGUCAUUGUCACAACAGUUAUUCCACUUCCUGCAGAAGAGGAGAAGGAACUUAAGCAAACUUUGCAAGAGAUUUUAGGACAAGGGAAAACGAUCAGAAUUGAACAAAAGAUUGAUCCCAGCAUUCUUGGAGGAUUGGUGGUUGAAUUUGACCAGAAGGUUUUUGAUAUGUCCAUAAAGACAAGGGCCAAGCAAAUGGAAAAGUUCUUGAGGGAACCAAUUAACUUUGACAAUUUCUAGUGGCUCCAAGAUGCAGCAGCUAGUAACAACCUUCGCUUCUGCUACUGUUUUGUGGUUUGUUUGCUUUAAAUAAAAUAUUCAUACUCUUUUGUAGCUCCUUGCAUUGCAAGGCCAAUGCCUGCCAAAAAUUACAUAAUUUUUCGCCUGUGUGUCUGAAAUGAUGAAGCAUAAUUUACUUCAUGGAAAAUUUGCAUUUUA